UGAUUCGCUUCCAAGGAGUUUAAACGAUCGGAUGAAUCCAUUUCCAUUGGGGAUUCGGAAGGAGUUCUGAGAAAAUAGUAAAAAAGGGGAACCAGUGAAGAGGGCUACGGGAUGGCGUUCGAUCGACUAAACGUGACCCCGGGAACGUGUGUAGAUUAGCGGUGGACGUGUUGUCGAUUAUAACGGUCACAAAACGUGGGUGUUGGAUCGCCGUUACGCAGCAGCAGCACCAAUCGCUGGCCAACGAGCGGAUUGUGUAACGUGUUUCAUGUGUUGCCGUCGAGGAAGUGUUCUACUUGUUGUAGCUGCAAAAGUGCCUCAUCAUUAACGAGGAGUGAAGUGGUUAGUGAGUUUUAAAUUCAACUCAAGGCGACAGCGUGUGGGAUGUCCGUACAUCUCUGAUCAGUCAGUAACCCAGAGGGUCAGUGAUCAGUGUGGGUGUUUGGAAAUGUAUCAUCGGUUGCUGCGGCUACUGCUCCGUGUGCUGUACCGCCAGUGGGAAUGUGACGAGCAGCGAGACGAUACCGAUCAGUGAUCUGUGCAACGAGAACAAUUGCGAUGAACGAAUCGAUGGCUCCUGUCAACGAGAGUGCACUGGCCACCGCGACGGUGGGAGAUGGGCCAGAAAAUGCCACCCAGAUUGUUGCCGGUGGUACGACGGUGAGCCUGCUCGAGGCACUGGAUGGUGUGGCAUCGCUUUCCCUCAACAUGAGCACCGCCGAACGGUGCCGAUUGCAGCAACAGCUCGAAGAAGAACUCCCGGCCCCCGAUGGUGAUUGUCCAACGUUCUUCGAUCUCGUGUCCUGCUGGCCCCGAACACCACCCGGUACACUGGCCGUUUUGCCGUGUUUUUCCGAAUUCAAGGGCGUCCAGUAUGAUACCUCACAUAAUGCAACCCGCUUCUGCAACGACGAUGGUACGUGGGACAACUACACCGACUACGACAGCUGCCAGCACCUGGCCCCGGCAUCGCCGGUGCCGGGCUUUGAACCGGGCAUCGAGCUACCGACGCUGGUCUACUUCGUCGGCUACUCGAUCAGCCUGGCCGCGCUCGUUCUCGCGGUCGUGGUGCUCGUCUACUUUAAUAACCACUCCGCCCGCAGGGAUCUCCGCUGUCUCCGGAACACCAUCCACGUGAACCUCUUCCUCACCUACAUCAUGUCGUCGAGCCUCUGGAUACUCAUCCUCUCGCUGCAGAUUACCGUCAAGCUGGAAGGGGCCGGAUGCAUCGUGCUCGUGACACUCUUCCACUACUUCAGUGCGACCAACUUCUUCUGGAUGCUCGUUGAAGGUCUCUAUCUCUACAUGCUGGUGGUGCAGACGUUCUCCGGGGAUACGCUGCGCUUCCGGAAGUACGCCAUCAUCGGAUGGGGAGGUCCAUUAUUAUUUGUCGGCGCGUGGGCCAUUGCCAAGCCAUUCUUUCUCUCCUCGGACCCGGACCUGGAUCAUCCGAACAAGCUCGAAAUAGAAUGCUCUUGGAUGAGGGAAUCUCACAUCGAUUGGAUCAUCCAGGGACCGACCUGUGCGGUGUUGGCCAUCAAUCUCAUCUUUCUGCUUCGCAUCAUGUGGGUCCUGAUCACGAAGCUCCGUUCCGCGAACACGGUCGAGACGCGCCAGUAUCGGAAAGCAUCGAAGGCACUGCUCGUCCUGAUACCGCUGCUUGGCAUCACCUACCUCAUCGUGAUCUACGGUCCCAUGGAGGGCGUCGGUAGUCACAUUUUCGCGACGAUUCGCGCCCUACUUCUCAGCACACAGGGCUUUGUCGUGUCGCUGCUGUACUGCUUCCUGAACUCGGAGGUCCGGCAAACGUUGCGCCAUCAUUUCUACCGUUGGCGAGACGAACGGAACAUCCAGGCCGGCAAGGUACCGUCCUCGCAUCAUCGCAGGCCAACGUUUAGCAAAGACAAUUCGCCUCGUUCGCGAACCGAAAGUACACGGACGGUCGAGUAUAGCAUCGCCACCAUGAAGCACUCGUGCGUGUUCCGAGAUUAAACUUUAAUGGCCCAGCGAGUGUUAACGCGUGCGUGCGGAUGCUGCGCGCAGGAAGGAAAAGAAACUUUGAAAGAGGAUGAUGAGUCACGAUGUGCAAACAGGUUAAUGAAGGACGCGCGUUGCGAAAGGAGAGUAAAUAAACAUAAAAUGCGUCCGCGAACCGCGUGAUGGACGUGGAGCGCGAGACAGUUCAAACAAUUACACAAAGUGUAACGUGAGAUAAAUUGAGAGAGGAGCCAAUAAAGUCCGAGGCGAUGAUGGCGGAUGUGGCAACAUCAUUUUCUACGAUGCAGCUGCAAAUGGGUUAAUGCAACGAGAAAUGCAUCCAGCUGAGCCUUACUUGAGUCAUCGUUUUGAUGUUUUUAACAGCAUAGCUCCGUUUGUGUUAUAAUCAGGAUUAUUCAUCUUUAAAAAAUCAUAACAAGCGAUUAUUUAGAAUAACAAAAUGGUGAAUUUAGAGAGAAAGCAGACUAGUAUGCAUCGAGAAAGGUAACAAUUGAAUGAAGGUUCGGUUAAGAAGACAAUUGCAGUAUCAAACGAAUAUCUUCAGGGAAAUGACUAUUUGGAGAAAUGUUUUUGGAUGAGCAAGCGUUAAGAAUCAGACGAUUGAGGGACUAUCUUGCAGUUUAGGGACAACAGAACUCAGAGUCGGUUAGCUCUGCAAGCCCACGCUAUUCAAUCGCCUGUUUUUUGGAGCAUUUUUGUUAUCAAAUCUUAUCGACACUUGCAAGAAACUUGUACAGGGAAUAAUGUAUGCACAACUAUCUCCAAUAGAAACUUGCUUCUUGCUAUUAAACAAUCUGUAUAAUUUGAUGAACUUUGAUUUUAGCAGAUAAUUGAAUUCUGUCCAUUAUGUAUUCCUUGUUUAGCAAAGAAAUGCGAUGUUUUUUCACUUCGUGGUCCAUGUUGGCACUAGAUUGGAACAAUUUUUUAUAGAGUAAUACAUGCCAGUAUAGCUAGGAAUCUAAUAUGAGAUUGAUUACUAUGCAAAUGUCUUUGGAAAUGCUCUUAACGGCUCUAGAGAAGAGGGGGAAAAUUUUAAAAACAAAGACAUUGCCAUAUUUGCUACACUAACUACGAUGUUACACGAGUAAACAUUGUAUCACAAAUUGAUUUGUCUUGUAUAUAGUCACCACAUCCAUACCCCCCCCCCCUUGCUUCCUUCGUUUCGUUUCGUACCGCUUCGCUUUUUGCAAAUUAUUAUUGUCAUUGCCAGCUGGUCAGCUAGCCAGCCAGCCCUUGCUGUUAGAGUAGUGCGAUCGCAAUCGCAACGUAAUUAAACCAAUCAUGUCGCAUCCCAUUCUAAUAAUGUUCAUCACUACACAAUAAACAUCACUUGCCUUCCUCCCCACAAUCGCUUCAUGUACG